AUGCCCGGCGAUACUGGGCUCAAGAAAAAGCGAAGAGGUGGGCCACGAAGCAGAACUGGUAUGCAUCAUCAAACCGACGAGGUGAAUAGCGAUGCGCCAUUGCUUGUGGACGUUUUCAAGCUAAGGAUGAAUGAUCUGGACCUCUCCGAGGAUCUACCGUCACCUCAGAGCUACAUACCAGCAAAUAGACUAUCGCCUGCUGCAUCAGUCGGAAAAGAUCAUCCAAAACCAAAAGUACGACUAACCUCAGAAGGCGCUUUUCUAUUGCAGACAUAUGUACGCACCGUUGCCACCUGGAUGGACCUUCACGAGGCGCUGCGGUCAGAAGAUUAUCGAAAACACUUUCGAGGCCUUACGUGCCUCGUCAAAGCCCGACGGAUCACUGCACAGUCGACGGGAACUGAUGUCGCCAACUUCUGGAUUUACGUUCGCCAUGAACUCGUCGUUGCCAUGGCAAAUGAGCAGCCAUUGAUAUUUGAUCCUGCCGAAUGGGAAGUCUCCUGGGAGGAAGGCGAGACGAGAGAGGAUGUGCUCGGAAACCAUGUCCUUUGGAUAUCGGCAAGAGUUAUCAACCUUGUCUUUGGACCGGACGGCAACACAGAAGCUGGCAGAAUACAACGGCAAGAAUUGCUGCAUGAAAUUGAACUGUGGCGAAGAGGUCUCUCCGAGACUUUUGUUGGAAUUCCAUACGGCGAGAACGAUGAAGAUGGUUUCCGUAAAGUAUAUUUCCCAGUCGCUGCCGCUGCUGGCGCGGCGUUUUGUACGUUUGGUUACCACCUCAUACACAUCUUGCUUUACGCAGAACCAGUACUGCAGGAUGAGGCCUACAUCCCUCUGAUCCAGGAGCAGGCCAUGAAAGUUGCUGAUAUAGCAAUUUCGGAAUUCCCUCCCUCUUUGAUGGUGUUCUCCACUUAUGGAUUAUUCUAUGCUGGUAAACAUAUCCAUGGAAUCUCACGAAAAGCGCGAAUCUGGACUGUUCUAAACGACGUUGAAGCCCAAACUGGCUACAAUACAACAGCGACAGUACGCCUUCUCCAGUGA